AUGGAGGAAUCGCGGCAGAUGCUUGCGGGCGAUGCUGGUUCCAUCCAGCAGCUCAAGGAGCUUCGAGUUGCUAUGGUCGGAUGUGGAUGGUUUGCGAGGAAAGCUCACAUACCAGCGCUCCUGCGAGCAGAAGAAUCGUCCAUGAACGUUCUCGGAGUCAAAAUUCGCCUAGUAGCGUUAUGUAGCAGGACAAAUGCCUCGAUUGAGCAGGCCAAGCGGCGACUGGGUCGAGGAAGAGCAAGCAGCAUCGCCAGCUUUACGAGCAUCGACGAUCUUCUCGGCGGGUGCGAGUUCGACAUUGCUGACCUUGCGCUUCCAAUCCCGGACAUGGCGAAUGCUGUUUCAAAAUGUUUGAACGCCGGGAAAAUUGUGAUUUCGGAGAAACCUGCAGCUGGGUCGUUACAGCAGACGGUCAGUGAACUAUGCUCAGCUAUCGAGGGUCUGGAAAAGCUUCCUUCAAAAGGGUGGAGGGGCGAGUAUCUGCACAACAACGAGAAAGAGGAGGAUGAAGAUGGAGGAUGGGUCCUUGAUGUUGGAGUGCAUUUCGUAUAUAUUUUGCAUCGACAGGCCUGUGCACUGAUGAUUGUUCAGAUGAAGCUCUACGGUCUGAACGAGAUCUUGAGGAGUCUCAAGCUAAACUUCAUCAUGAAAAUGGGUUAA